CCACCACCACAUUGCAGCAGCACGGCAAACCCACGGUCGUCCGCCCCCGGCGGUGGUGGCAGCGGACAGGAAUGUGCAGCAAAUACGCGCCCGAACGCAGCCGUCGCCCACCAGCCCGCAGCCGACAAGUCCGACGACCAUGGGAAAGUCCAAGUUUCCCGGCAAACCGUCGCGUUUGGUGAACAAGAAGCGCGUCUCGGUCCUGUCGCCAGCCGGGCUCACGUUGAGCGAUGAGGACAAUCAGGAGAACAACGGCCCGCAGGCACAGCAGCAAGGAGCUAGCAAUAACGCAUCAGCUGCUACCGUUGGUACCAGCAGCGGCGGCACAGUGGGAACGUCAACGUCGCCUGCCUCGACCGUCCCGUCAGCAACGGUUUCCAUGCGAACGAGCGAGAAGCUUUCCACGUUCGCCCAGCGCAAAGAGCAGCAGCAGCAACACACAGCAGCAUCGUCCGUGUCCGGAGCUGGAACGAAAGGGUCGAAAGCUACAGUGACAAGCAACGGUGGUAGCAACAAUUCCGCUGCUGGCGGCACUACCGUAUCGUCCUCGCAGUCAUCGGCAGCAGAGAAUGGCAACGGUAGACGCAAUGGGAGUGAUAAACAUACAGCAGGAGCUGCAGCAUCAAAGGAUGGCGCCAGCGAGAACAACGAGACCGAAAACGGAGUAGAUGAUAACGAUGACCACAACAACAACAACAACAACAACGACGGGAACGACGACGACGAAGAGGAAGACGAUGAUGAAGAGGACGAUGAUGAUGAUGACGAUGAAGAGGAAGAUGACGAUGAGGAGGAGGAUGACGAUGAAGAGGAAGAGGACAAUGAGGAGAUGGCGGUAGGAGGUGCAGGGGAUGAGUCAACCGCAGCCGGCAGCAGCAGUACCUUCACAGCAUCGUCCUCCACCGUAUCAUCGAUGGCGGCAACCACAUCAAGCCCGGUCACUAUUAGCGGCACGAGUGAGGUUAGGUUAGCCGUCGGUACCGGCCAACAGCAGUCAUCAUCGCAACAGCAACCGACGAUGCAAAGCAGUAGUAGUGGUAACGCACGAAGCGAAAAGCUACCCGCCACCGGAAAUGGUUUCGAAAUGAAACCAUCCACCCUAACGUCGGCGCUGGCGCGACGAUGUCCUCCCGGUGUGGCAUCAUCCGGUCGCGUCAGUCGACAGCAGUCACCGUCCUGCGAACCAUCGCUCAGUAUCGCUAGUGGUGAAAGUGCAAACAGUAAUCCCAGUAUUGCCGGUAGCGGUAAUAGCAGCACUACGACCGCCCGUGUUCAAAAGGCGGAAGCAUCGAUGGAACAAUCUACAACCAUUGCUGACGGUACCGGAUGCUGCUCUGCUGAAGCCAAGUCGGUAGCCGCGGCGACACCACUAAUGGGUUCGAAACCACCAAACCCGGUGUUACCCGCACCGGCACCCGGCGGCACCAGUGUCGUCACACCAGUGAAGAAGAAAAGUGUCACGUUUCACACCACGCUCGAGUCGACGGACGAGAACAUUGUGAAGAAGGUGUACAACCCCGACACGGUUCCGCUACCAUCGAUCAUCAAGAAGGAAUGUCUCGCUCGACCGAUCCGGCUGAAGAAGAGCUUUAAUCGAAAGAUGAAGAAACGGCUGCAGCGAGCGGUAGCAGCGGCAGCAGCCGCCAGUGCUGCCGCAUCCGCUUCGGCCAGUGCAUCCGGCGGGAGCAAAGCGAUGGAAUGUCUCGUGCGACCAUCCCGCCUAACGGAGAUCGUGCUAAAAUCGAGCAGCAAAUCGUCGUCCGGAGUAAGCUCGCUCGAACGUACCGGUGGCUCGGUUGGAGGGCUUGGCUUUGGACUGAAAGCUUCCGAGGGAGCGAAAUCAUCGGGAGUAUCGUUUGGAGCAAGCGGGGAGUCUGUCCCAUCAGCACCUGUUACCACAACGGACGGGGGUGAUAUGACGGGCCGGAAUUUGGAAAGUGGUGGUACACAGUUCGGCGAUAAGCGAUUUAUUCUGCCGAAACGGAGCGUUCAUUCUAGUCGUGUGAUAAAACCGAACAAACGGUUCCUGGAUGAGUUUGAGUUGGAGAUUAAGAAGAAGAACAAAAAUUUGGCCGCGGCCGCCGCAAUUGCUGCUGCGGCUGCUGCAGCAGCAGGCACGGGUAGUGGAGUCGGAGGUGCGGGAGCUUCAUCUAACUCGACAGUUGGAGGUUUUGGCGCGUUGGGAAGUGGUGUUCAUCCGGCAGGAGAAGCUGGAGGUUUGAAUGUACAAGGCAGUGAAGGAGAUUGUGCCACUAGUGAUGAAACGAGGAGAAAGAAGGAUAAAAAGAAAGGCGAUGAAUCGACAGGAUCGAUAGGAUCGUCCGACAAGACCUCUACCAUGGCUUACCAUCCCAACAGUGACCAACGGCCGGAUAGGAGCCCGCCAGGUGACCGUACGUUAAUGACGCCCAUCAGUAUUAAUCCAUUCGCAAAGACAUCACUCACGGACGGUCCACUAGUGCCGGGCAACACCAAGAGCUCUAGUUCGAAGCUCGUUAAACCAUCGCAACUCUCACCGGCGAUCGCAUCCUCUACACUCGGUGCUUCAUCCACCAGCACAACGAAUCUCGCGGCAGCUGCUUCAAUCUUCGGUAAAGGUAUUCUACGCCAGCCAAGACUUCAGUUUGCCACCUCGCUGCUCAACAACGCCGGCAGCAACAGCAUCGGAGCUAGCAAUGUCACCACACUAAGCAGUAUUACUUCCAUCAACUCCAACCCCCAGUCCGUGCCAUCAAGCGGUCCUAAUUCAGCGUCGGCAUCGACGGCUACCGGUGCAACGCUCGGACCCAGCAAUGGAGCUCCCGAAGGUCUCUUUACAAUGCAUCUAAAAGCGAAAGCAAAGCUAGACUCCGCGAAGCUAUUCUCAGCGGCGCUUGGGGUCGGGAACAGUUCGGCUGCAGUGCAAACAGGCUCGAGCAAUUCGGCCUCCGCUGCAUGCUGUAUCUGCAGUAUUCCAGUAAACACACGGUACUAUGCGCAACCGACGAAAAAGUACGGUGUUAGCUGCUGUGAUGUGUGUCGAAAGUUCAUCUCAAAGAUGGUGAAGAAGCUAGCAACCGGGAGCCUGAUCAGUCCGAAUCAAUCAGGCGCAGGGGCAGAAGUUACAAUGCUCAAGUGUAAAAAUGAGGGCAAAUGUCUCAUCCAGCCACCCUCGUUACUGAUGCGCCCGGAAGCAGUGAAAACAAGGCACAUUUUCAAAGAACGCUGCCAUGCGUGCUGGUUGCGCAAGUGUCUUGGCAGUUUCCAACUACCGCCCGUGUUGAAGAUACGUUUGGGUCAAACGCUACCACUGACGAUGCGAAACUUUGAACCUCCGGUUAAUGGACCGCCAGGAACCGGCGGUACGCUGAAGAAAGACCCUUCUUCGGAGGGAAAUCUGUUCGCGAACAGCAUUGCAGAGCACGGGCCACCGAACGGUGCAUCGCGUAUUCUGUGGAGCAGUGGUGAUAAAAAAUCGGGCAGUUUGGCAGAAGGUUUCAACAAGUCGUUCAAUCCAUUCCUAGCGCUUCAUAUUAAUCCACUCUCGCAGAACAAUAAUACGUUUGGAAGUUCGCCGCAGAUAAAGCUCAAUCUUAAUAGCAGUGAACGCAGCAGCAUCAUGGCGGCAAGUCCAAGUAGCUCAUCUGGUGCAAGUUCCUCCGGCGGUAAGAGUCCUCCGGCUACAAAGGAAGAGAUUUUCGCUUCAAACGAACCACGGAAAGAGAAGGAUAGUGUAAAGGUUGAAGAUCCGUCGACCGUGUCUCCUGCUGCUAGUGCUCGGAAGGAUAUUAAAGAAGAGCAGGAUAAUAGUCCGGUUAAGCCUCCUCGAACGAGAAGUAAAUCGGAAGCGAGCAGCAGUAGUAAUUAUCAAGUUGACACAACAACGAUGGUGGAAACGAAAACUGAAAAUGUCGCUACUUCAACUAGUUCUAAUGCGUCUCAGUCAGCAACACCUAGUGCGGGUCCACAAACGGCUGGAGCAAAUCCGACAGCGGCAGACAAACGGCAACGAAUCGAUCUGAAGGGUCCUCGAGUGAAGCAUGUUUGCCGAAGUGCGUCGAUCGUGCUUGGGCAGCCAUUGGCAACCUUCCCGGAAGAUGGUUCAGUUGGAUCGCCCAGUGGAGGAGCGCUCGAAAACAUCGAAACUCCACCCAGUGAUAGUGCGGCAGAACCAGCGGAAGAUCUUCCACUUAUGGAUAGAGAACGACGUGCGACAAAGUCAACCGUUAAGCAGGACUGUAGUGAUUGCAUCGAUCCGACGGUUGCCCUAUCUCCACCCGCAACACCGGACGAAGAUACUAACGAGACACGCGACACACCAACAAAGAACGAUCGGUGCGACCUGGACACUAGCGGAUCGACGGAGAAAGAGUUGGUGAUUGACGAAGAUAAGCUUCCGGAUGUGGAACAGGCAAAAGAAGACCUUUGCCAGCAAGCAACGAAAGCGGAUGAAUUCAAGGAAAACAAUUUUGAAGCUAAUGCUGGUUCUAUGUUAUCAGAGGUGAUUCCUGUAACGGAGGAGCAAGUAAAACCUUUGACAGUUGCAAUACCUACUUCAGCAGCGGUGAAAAAGCUAGACGACAACAUCGAAAAGCCUGCAACGAGAAAAACUACCAGUUCCUUCCGUCCGCAAGCAUCGAGGCACUUCGGUGUUGGCGCGAUGAGCAAGGGUCCAUCUAAUAUCAGUGGUCGAAAGCAACAACAAUCUGCAGUUUCAUCAUCGUUGGUAGCUCUUGGCAAUCGUAAUGUGAUGUCAUCAUCAGCCGGUGGAGUUAUGGGAGCAAUGGGAUCAUCCUCAAACUUCCGCACACUUCAAGACAUCCCAAUGAUAUCGAUAGAUUUUUGGGAAAAUUACGAUCCAGCCGAAGUUAGCCGAACCGGGUUUGGGUUGAUCCUGUCGGAAUCGAUGCCGGUCCGAGCAUUGUGCUUUCUAUGCGGUAGUGCAGGACUCGAAAGUAUGCUGUUCUGCGUGUGCUGCUGUGAGCCGUACCAUCAGUACUGUGUGAAGGACGAGUACAAUCUACGAACGGGCACUGGUACGGGUUUGGAUGAUACGGGCAAUAUGAGUCUUCUAGACGUUACACUCGGUGCUUCGCCACAGCAACAACAGGAGCAGCUUCUGAUUGCCCGCUUCAAUUGGAUGUGUCCAAGGUGUACGGUGUGUUUUAGUUGCAACAUGGCCACAGGUGCAAAGGUUAAGUGUCAAAAGUGUGCGAAACACUAUCACACAACGUGUCUCGGUACGAGUAAACGUCUGCAUGGAGCCGAUCGUCCACAGAUAUGUGCCGCUUGUUUGCGCUGCAAGAGCUGCGGCACCACGAACGUCACGAAGUUUAUCGGUAAUCUUCCGAUGUGCACGCCCUGCUUUCGGUUACGGCAGAAAGGGAACUAUUGUCCACUGUGUCAGAAGUGUUACGAAGAUAAUGACUUCGAUCUGAAGAUGAUGGAGUGUGGCGAUUGUCGUCGGUGGGUACAUGCACGGUGUGAAGGAUUAACGGAUGAACAGUACAACAUGCUCAGCGUGUUGCCGGAAAACAUCGAGUUCAUCUGCAAAAAGUGUGCCAAGCACAGUGACAGCACAGCCCAUCUAUGGCGUGAUGCAGUGGCGGCAGAGUUCAAGGCAGGUUUGCUAAGUGUGGUUAAACUGCUGAGCAAGAGUCGUCAGGCCUGUGCUCUUCUUAAGUUGAGUCCUAGGAAAAAAUCACCCAACUGUACUUGUGGCGCUGCAGCGGGUUCUAUCACAAAUGGAAAGAAUAUUUCAUUCUUCGGAGGAUCAUAUGCCUCGGCAGGAGAUACCAUGAGCACAUUCGCUUCAUCUGGAGCAGGAUCUGCGUCAAAGAAACCGAAGCUGGAUGAGGAUUCGAUCUACGAUUUUAGCAGUGAAAAUAGUUGUGGCAGCAGUAGUGGCAAUAGCAACACUGGAGCAGCAGGUUAUGCCGUAGUUCCGGUGGCAGGCAGCGGCAACAGCUUCAACAAAUGCUACUGCUCCGCUCGUUUUAUUCCCGGCAAAGGUUCGCCCAAUGGUGGAGACAUCAGCCUAGUCGACAUCAAGCAAAAGAUAAAUGCAAAUGAGUAUUACUCACUGCAGGACUUCCACUACGACAUGAAUACACUGCUGCAGAUGGUAGGCUCUGAGGAGCUAACUGUGGCGUACAAGGAAUUUUUGAGCGAAACAUUCCCAUGGUUCCAGAACGAAACGAAGGCCUGUACAGAUGCGCUCGAGGAGGCAAUGUGUGGCGAAGUUGAUCAGACGACUGGGCUUGAUCGCUAUAGCUCAUGUGCCGGAUCUGGUGGAUUGGGUGGUCGAGGUGGUCUUCAACAUGGGUCGAACAACAUGUCUGGAAACUCGUAUGAAACACUCGGUGGCACACUGGACCAGAAAGUCCCGCAGAUCGACAUUCCACUGGACGAGUUGACGGAAUAUUUCCACGAAACAGAAGAGGAACUGUUGGACACACGGAUCUGUAUGCUGUGCAAACAGCAGGGUGAAGGCAUGACUCUGCACGAAUCGCGCCUACUCUACUGUGGUCAAAACAACUGGGUACACACAAAUUGUGCCCUUUGGUCGGCGGAAGUAUUUGAGGAAAUCGAUGGCUCACUGCAGAACGUCCAUUCGGCGGCAUCGCGCGGUCGUAUGAUCAAAUGUUGUCAUUGCGGAGUGAAAGGUGCCACUGUCGGCUGCAAUGUGAAAAAUUGCGGCGAACACUAUCACUUCCCUUGUGCAAGACGGAUCGGGUGUGUGUUUAUGCUGGACAAAACAGUAUAUUGUACGGCCCAUGCGGGAGAAGCGAAGAAGAAGCGAUGUCCGGAAGAGCGCAACUUUGAGAUCGCACGUUCGGUGUACGUUGAGCUUGAUCGGCGGAAGAAGCGGUUCGUCGAACCGGGCCGUGUGCAGUUCAUGAUUGGAUCGUUGAAUGUGCGCCAGUUGGGACACGUUGUACCGACCUUCAGUGAUCAUGCGGACGUGCUCAUUCCAACGGAUUUUGAGUGCACACGACUGUACUGGUCUGCCAAGGAACCUUGGAAGAUCGUGUCGUAUCGCAUCAAAACAUCGAUUCAGAGCACCAACUAUGGUUAUGGUACGGAUCUCGGUAAGAACUUUACCGUCGAUCAUUCUUCGAACAGUAGUACCGUGCAGUGGGGUCUCACACAGAUUGCCCGCUGGCACAACAGCCUACAGUACGCUGACAACCAGGAAGAUGAAGAAGUUGAUUCGCUUGAGAAUGAAACGCUGCAGCAGCAUCUACUGUCGUCAAUGUCUUCAACCGCUACGACGAUGACGACCACAACAACAGGACAACUGUUAACUUCCUCGCGAAGUGGUGCAUCAAGGCAACAGCAACAUCUGCAACAGCAACUCCAAUCGCUGUGCGAAUCGAAUCCGGUUUGCAGCACUGGCGAAGACACGAACGAUGAAGAGCCCCAGAAUACAAACGAUCUGCUGCCGCCGGAAAUAAAGGAUGCCAUUUUCGAGGACCUGCCACAUGAUAUUCUGGAUGGUAUUUCGAUGCUGGACAUUUUACCGAAGCUGAUGACCUACGAAGAUCUGCUCGCGAUGGAUCUAAAAGCUGAUGCGACGUUCAAUGUUGACAUCUUGAAGGAUCCAGGUAUGCUACAGGUGCACGGAAAUGGUGCUGGUUCUUCAUCAUCCAAUUCCGGCGCAACCAUCGCAACUAAUAUGGCAAAUUCUUCCAAGCCCGAGGAGCAUUCCGGUAUGGAUGUGGUCGAUAUGGAUAGUUUGAACGAGGCAAUUGGUGGUACGGUUGGAUCCGAGCUCAGUAACGAUAGCUGGGCGAAAACGAUCGGUGCACCAGGGGUUGAGGACGCACUUCUAUCUGGGAUGACAAAACCGACCACUUCAAAUGGCACUAACGCCAUGCAUCACCGUGAACUGAAAAGAAGUAAAUCUGACAUUCUCGAGGUGAUCGCAGCGGUUGGACAGCAGCAACCACGUGGUCAACGGUCGGGAAGUUUUUCGUGGAGCACGAAGCAACUCGAAUCGACGGCAGCUGUUGUAGCGAAACGACGUAAAAUUGCCAAAACUAACAUCAAACUUUCGGAUGUGCUUUCGUUGGGACGCAUCAACGAACAUGUAACGUUCGGUGGGCCGGCUAUGUGUACGACUACAACCACGACGACAACUACGCUGGCAACAACGACGGCAUCCACCAGCACAACCGUGAUUAUGGAGGAGCGUCGUAAGUCGGUGCAGGAAGAAUUUUCCUGGUCAUCGAUGAAAAAGUCCACUACAAUGAGUGAUGGAGCGUCGGAUAGUGGAAACGUGUUUGAGAAGCUCAAAAUAUCCCAGCUGGACGGUGUGGAUGAUAUCUGUCUCGAUGGUACGGUGAGCGAGAUGAAGAUCUACUCGUCUCGCUCAAUGAUCGAAGCACCGGUGAAGUGUGACCGUUGUCAGGCCACAUAUCGCAACCAGGAAUCGUACCAACGGCAUCUUAGCUCGUGUGAAGUCCUUUCCACCAGUGAAUCGGAGUCAGAAACUCGAUCUCCUCGCUUGUUGAGUCCCGAGCAGCAGCAACAACAGCAGCAACAGCAACAACAAAUCAUCACCGGUCAGAUAGCGGGCACUGCGGGAAACACUUUCAUACUUCCCCAAGCCACAUCACAGCCACAAACAAUAACGACCGACAUUUACGGGAACACGACGGGCUAUCUUACUGCUACAUCACAACCUGCUGGUCAUCCGCAAACUAUUUCGGUGCUGCAGACUGGUCAGACGAUUAAUCUGAACGGUAAUCAGGCAAUACUUUCGAACCUACCAACAUCAAUGCCGAUUACGAUCAAUCAACUGUCAUCGAAUGGUAUUCCUAUACAGACAUCAGCUCCAGGAGCACAGCAAAUACCGCUUCAGGGUACACUACAGACUGGUUCCGUUGGGUUGCAAAAUCUUGGCGGAAACAUGAUCAUCUCCACACCGACCGGCCAGGGACAACUGUUCGCAACAACGAACCAGUUUUCAAACGCUGCCUUCCAGCCACAGCAACAACAACAACAGCAGCAAGUGUUGCAGGACAACAAUUCGCAGCAGUUCGUGCAGAACAAGCAACGCUUUAUUCAGCCGGCACCGGCCGCAACUUCCAUCACACUUCCGCACAGUCUCGCUUCCGGAACGGGUCCAAUGACAACAACGACGCUCAGCACUGCACAAGCUCUUGGUGGUGUAUUCUCGCAACAACCGCAGAUCAUCUCGAUUGGACCUAAUGGACAGCCACAGCUGAUGACACUCGCUGCUCCACAGCAACAACAAACAAUACUGCAAAGCGGCGCCACCCAACCGAUGACUAUGCAACCGAGUGCGAAAAAGAUUGUCUAUACUACGGUCUCCCCGAAGAAGGUCGUCACAAAGCUUCCUCAGCAGCAUCACCAGCAACAACAGCAAGGCUCGCUGAAACAGAAACGCACUGUAACAUCCAACGGAGUAUCCAAGGGUUCGAUGCAGAUGAAAACGAAGCAGCAGCAGCAGCAGCACCACCACCACCAUCAUCAUCAGCAGCAGGAGCAAACGAUGACAAUACAUCCAUCCACUACCAUGAUCGGUGGACAGUCAGCGGGACAGUUGCAAACUACAAUUGCCGCCCAACCGCAGCAGCAGCAACAACAGCAACAACAGCAACAAAUACAGCUGAUCAACGCGUCCUAUCCGCUGAUCCGAUCGGCAGCAACUCCGGCCGCUCCACAGCAAACUCCCGGAAAUAUUAUUUUCCAAACGCAAUCUCCAGCGAAUCAGCCCAUCCUUGUGCAGCAGGUCGGUGGGAAUCAAAUUUCCUACCUAACCGAUCAAGGCACACUGACCCACAAUCCAGUACAGUACCAACUAGCACCGACCAACAUGCUCACCCAGAACGGAUUCGCAAUGGCCACCGCAGGAACGGACGCGAGCACACUUGCCACGGCCAACAACAUUCUCAUCCCGAAUGGUACCGGUGGAUAUUCGCUCAUACCAGCUAGUGCAUUACAGAUUGCCACCCAACCGCAGGUCAUCGGUACGAUCGUGCAACCGCAAGCGGCCACCAUACAGUGCGGCAUGAUGGCGACGGAACAGAUGGUUCUCGGAUCGACUGCAGCAGCUACCGCUCAGCCAACGCUCGAGAUGAUGGUGACGGAUCCGGCCUCGGGCUGCAUGUACCUAACUAGCCCCUCGAUGUACUACGGACUGGAGACGAUCGUGCAGAACACCGUGAUGUCCUCGCAGCAGUUCGUGUCCGCCACGGCGAUGCAAGGUGUGUUGAGUCAGAAUUCAAGCUUUUCCGCUACUACGACGCAAGUGUUUGCCGCUAGCAAGAUUGAACCGAUUGUCGAAAUGCCCACAGGAUACGUGGUGUUGAACAACGAUGCCACCGGACAACCGAUGCAGAUAGGAACGUCUACGCCGUCCGUCGUCGUCUCGCAGGCACCUCCUACCCCGGUUCAGAUGCAAACUUCGACGAGUGUUGGUGCGAACGCAGGACAAACCAUCUUCCAGCAGGCGCCGCUUCAACCGACUGCUGUGGUUUCCUCUUCGGCGGGAACGCUUCCGGCCACGUUGCAACCGACUCAUCAGCCAAUCGGGACGAUGCAGCAGCAGCAGCAACAACAGCAACAGCUGUGGAAGAUAGAAUCGUCUACUCCGUCUGGGAUAAGUAUUCAACCGAGUACAAAUACCAUUUCUACCAGUUCUUCGGGUUCGACAACUUCAAUCGUGACACCAUUGAAGCCGACGAUGAAAACUAUCAUCCCGAAGUCACAACCACAGCUCGUCAAUAAGGUAAUGCCAAACACAGCUAUGAAGGUAUUGAGCAGCGGUGCAGAGCAGAUAACAUCCGGCACAGGUAUGUCAGCAUCCCAACAGCAUAAAUCCGUCGCUGCUUACCAGUCCAUCGUUUCAUCGUCUGUUUACACGACGGCCACAGCCAUGACAACCUCCACCAAGGUUUCGAAUGUGAUCAAACCAAUUACGAAAACGACCAACUACACCAAACCGAAGAUCGUCGCUAAGCCAGUCAAACAGAAGGCAUCCCCAUCGCUUCUAUCACCGCCACCAUCGACAACUCCACCAACAUCGAUUUACCAACUUUCACAGCAACAGCCGCAAUCGAUGAUGAUCUCCACCCAACCAGUUCCCCAGCAACAAUUACUUCAGAAUAGUAUCACCCUGAUACCGGCCACCAACAAUAUCGGUUCGGUAAACAACUCAUCACAAUUGGUACCGAUCAAACCGAACAUUAAUGCGAAUGGGCUGCAAACGAUCACGGCUAACCAAUUAACCGUGAGCGCCAUCAAGCAACCUUCAAUGGUGAUCGAGAAAUUGCCUCAUCAGCCAUCUCCACAGCUACAGCCAUCUCCGGUAAUAUCGUCUACCAGUGCAACACCUGUCACUAACGGUAUCACGCUCAGUAAUGGUCCUAUGAUGAUUAUCCAGCCAACUAGCGCAACGCUUAAGAAACCGGCACACCUAACAUCGCAGGGAGCAACGCAUCUGAAAAAACAGAAAACUAUGCUACCUAUGAACCAUAAUCAGAACCAGCUGAUGAGCUACGGCACACCACAGCAACAGCAAGUGCAACAAGCGCAAGGACAGCAGCAACAACCGUACCAGCAGUUGAUGAGUAUAUCCACCGGACAACAGCAGCAGUUAGCUGGACUUCCUCAGCAGCAACAGCAGCAACUUCAAUCCCAGCCUAUUACUAUCACCCAGAGCAAAGGAUCGCUUUCCAAAAAGUCAUCCAGUGCGGGACAGAUUACACUGUCCCUUACCAACACUGGUAGCGCUAACGUCAGUGGACCAGUUCCAGUAUCGAUGCCGGCAUCCACGAUCACGAUCACACCAACUCAACCAGCGAGCAUUACGCUUCCGACGGCCCCGUAUCCAAUGCCACUCUACUCCAACAUUCCCACGAACGUAGUGAAUCCGAUACAGCAGCAAACCAAUCAAAACAACAACCAGAACAAUAGCUCAUCCACCGUUCAGAACCGACCUACCAAUCGGGUCCUUCCAAUGCAAGCUUCGGUGAUGCAGCAGAAGAAUUCGGAAGUCUCUCAAACGCCACCUCCACCACCACUGAAGAUGCUCCAGCAGCAAUGUUCGGAAAAGUUGGACGAGUUUUCCCUCAUACCGAACAACCACCAUCAGCUAUCUUCGCCGUACGGUGUAUCCACACCAGGAUCAUCUCCAAACGAUGUAGAUCGGAUGAAGAUGGCGAGCAAUGAUAAACUGCUGUCAUCGAACAAGAGCAACAAUCGGCUUGAGAUCGAAAUUAAACCGAUCGAGAUAACGCCACUCACAUCGGCUAUGAUGACUCCAACCACGACGAACGGAAGUUGCACUCCGUCUCCGCUUCCUGCUUCAACGCACCAGCAAGAUCCGGUACCUUCACCGGUACCUACAGAACAAUCCGCUAUGAUGAUGGAAAUCGAAGAGCAGCAACAACAGUCCAACCAACCAAUAACUCCAAGCUUCCAGUUUAGCUUAACCUUUGAUGGUAAUGGCACACUGAUCCCGCUCGGCGGUGGUCCACUAGAUCAGCAGCAAAACGCUCCCCUUACAAUGGCGGCGCAGAUUGAAAUAAAACCAAUCAUGUCGUCCGGUACGAACGAGCACCUACAAUCACCUCAGCCAACGCUGAUGUCGCACGAUUCCCUCGAAGACGAUCGGGACACCGAAACGCAAAAGAUCGACGAACUGAAGCAUUCACUGGAAGCGGAAACGCAGGAAAUGCUUGCCGAAGGGCACGAAACUUCGAUGUGCGGAGAUAGUGGAGCUGGUGGCAGUAGUGGCGCGACAUCCCCAAGUUUAAACGAUGGAGAAUCUGAUUCGCCGGAGAUAAAGGAUAAAAUAUCCGAAAUACUCGAUAAUCUUGAGCAGCAAACGAACCAGGAGGCAGAGAUGCAGAUGGAUGCGUUCGAUAGUUUGAGACAAUCGAAGGAUUUGCACGAGGAUCAGCGUCAUCAUCGUACGCUGGAAACAGUUGCCGAUUGUGCUGCCGAAACGGAACGCAUUGUUGCAGAAUUGAAUGAAGAGUUCCAUUCGGCUGCAACUUCUCCAUCACUCACAACGGCUGCCACUACCGUACCAAUGAUGACGCUGGAAGAGAUGCAUUCGUCGGAAAAUCUUACCAAUCAACAGUCACUGCUAACGAUCGCCAGUUCCAUGUUUGACUCCAAGAAGGUCUCCGAUGAAGCUGUCUGCUUCCGUGAUACUAUGGAUCGGUCAAACUUUGGUGGAAACUCCACUGGAAACGAUUUGGUAGAUAACUCUCUGCUCCAUAACGGGGAUGCAGAAAGCGUGCUGUUUGGAAAGAUUCGUCAACCGGAACCAUCUCCUCUGUCACAACCAUCACCAACGGAGCAUCACCAUCAAUUGCAGCUGGACGAAGAGCUGCAGCAAUACACCGUACAGCCCUCACCACCACAAACAACCACACCCAAGACACAGUCCAUACCACGCUCCACCAGUCCGAAGUUGCUGUACGAAAUUCAAUCACAGGAUGGAUUCACCUACAAGUCGACCUCAAUCUCAGAGAUAUGGGACAAACUGUUUGAGGCGGUACAGAUCGCACGGCGGGCUCACGGUCUAACUGCACUGCCCGAAGGACAGCUGAAGGAGAUGGCAGGUGUACAGAUGCUUGGGCUAAAAACUAACGCGAUCCGGUAUCUGCUCGAACAGUUGCCCGGUGUGGAAAAGUGCACCCAGUACAGUCCACUGUACCACAAGAAGCAGACAGGUUUGGGAGGACCGGGUAUUGGUGGUGGGCUUGGAAUGAAUGGAACGCACGGAUCAUCGGAGUAUGCGGAUUAUUUUGAAGAUCUGCAGGAGAACCCGCAUGGUACGGCACGGUGUGAACCGUACAGUUCGCGAUCGGAGUACGACAUGUUCAGCUGGUUAGCGUCAAGACACCGCAAGCAACCGAUGCCGAUCGUUGCACAGAACAUUGACGAUACGAUCAUUCCACGACGAGGCAGUGGCAGUAAUCUACCAAUGGCAAUGCGCUACCGAACGUUGAAGGAAUCCUCCAAGGAAUCGGUCGGUGUCUAUCGAUCACACAUACACGGUCGAGGAUUGUUCUGUAACCGUGACAUUGAAGCAGGUGAGAUGGUGAUCGAGUACGCUGGUGAGCUGAUUCGUUCCACACUUACUGACAAGCGCGAACGGUACUACGAUAGCCGUGGCAUCGGAUGCUACAUGUUCAAGAUUGAUGAAAACUUUGUCGUCGAUGCAACGAUGCGCGGCAAUGCGGCCCGCUUCAUCAAUCAUUCGUGCGAGCCCAACUGUUACUCCAAAGUGGUCGAUAUUCUUGGCCACAAGCACAUCAUCAUCUUCGCCCUUCGACGGAUCGUGCAGGGCGAGGAGCUAACGUACGACUACAAGUUCCCGUUCGAGGAUGUGAAAAUUCCUUGCUCGUGUGGUUCGAAAAAGUGCCGCAAGUAUCUCAACUAACAUC